AUGGCCUCGACACCGCGCCCGCGGCCUGGGCACUUCCCGCAAACUCCCGCCAAUGGCCCCCGUGCGAGCACCGGGAGUGUCGGCAGCGGCAGCAGCGGCGGCGGUAGUGGAAAUCGGCGAGAGUCGAGAUUCUCUCUUCCUGAUGCUCCCGAAGCGAACCCUGUGCAACCCGCCAACCCGCCCGUGAUUCCGCUCACGGUGAUCGAUGCCCCGACGCAACGGUUCUACGCCGCGGCUUUCUACGUCGCUCUCCUCUGCUGGAAACUAUAUGACUGGAUCCACGUAGUCGAGAACCACGAUGUCUCGUUGCCGUUGCUCAUCAAAUGGAGUGUCAUUGACUUCAUCUUCCUCUUUGGCUUGCCUGAGUUGAGGAUACCAUGGCUAGAGCUCUCUCAGCAAGCUGUCUUGACCCUCUACGCCGGACACAUGGUUUUAAACUACAUGUUGAUGUUUGAUAUCCCGUUGCCCUUCCAAGGUUGGCUCUUGGCCGCGGGCAAGGCUUUCUUUGACAAGGAAAUGGCUCUUUCCGAGCACACUGUUCGAGUGUCUAAUAUCCUCCAUAACAACUCCUUGAUCAUGGGAAAGCAAAUCAUCAACAUCCUUCCAGAAGGCUCUGCCAUCUUGAACCGAAAUGGCACGCCUUUCUGCAUAGGCCCGGGUUCCCCCUCCAUCAAGCUCCCUCUUCAGUUCAAUGGUACCAUGCCCGUUGAGAUUGAGCUUCUUCGCAUCGACCUCGAAAGCUCACAACACGAGACCAUUAAGCUAUCUAAGCGUGAAGUGGCCAGUAUCGUGAAGGAAAUGAAGAGUCAAAUGCUGGAUUCCGGUUCUGAGGAGGCUGAGGGUUGGUACGUCAUCAAGAAGCCCGGCGUCUAUCGUCUGGGCAAAGUUUUGGACGAGUACAAGCUGGAGGUUCAGCGGGCGGCUCGCGAUACCUACGUCGUCCCCUGCCCCAAGGCGAGCUUCCGCAGCCUGGAUUCCUCGAACCGAUGCAUUCGUGACCUAUCUGACCUCUAUCUUGAUGUGGAGGGAACACCUCCUCUUAAAAUCCUCUAUGGUAGGACUGUUAACGGCAUCGACAACGGUUUCCAUUUUCAAAGCUUGCAACCGGACGGUUUUACGUCGCCCUUAGUUUCAGCCUCCUCGGGAAUUGUGGCCUCUGAUGCGGAUGUUGAUGACGUCUCGUGGGUGCGGGCCGCUAAGGUUCGCGUUCCCCUCAAUGAAUCUUUGACGACCGCUGGCGAGUGGCAGUACGUUAUCAACGAAGUCCACGAUGCCUUUGGGAACGUCGUCAGCUACACGCCCUCUCCCGACGAGAUCGACCCUAAGCCCCGGCCAAAGCACCUGGUUCAAGACUUCUUUGUGAACGAGCGCCCCCGCGCUCGUCUCCGAGGCUGUGACCUCCGGAACCCUCUCAAGGUUGCCAAGGGCCAUUCGACUAAACUCCCCAUCGGAAUUACAAUGGCUGGCCCUGCUAGGAAUGACACAGGCUAUUCCUCUGGUUUGUACACCCUGACUUCCGUCUCCAGCAAGUACUGUCAGGGUGAGGUCGAGGAGCCAUCCUCCUGCAUGCUCCUCAACCCCCUCGAACCCCAGCUCUCUAUCCGCGCUGAAGACAUAUCGGACAAGUGCGCGGGUAACUCGGUCGGUCUUCGCGUCGACCUUGAUCUGAUGGGAACGCCGCCUUUCUUGGUUCGCUACGAUGUUAUCACGAGGACUGGCACGAAGCAUGAGUAUGUUGAGAUCAAGGGUCUCCGCCACCAGCUCGAGCUUCGUCCAAAGGAAGCUGGCAAGCAUAAAUACAUGUUUAGGGCCAUUGAUGACGCUGUCUACACUGGCAAGGCCCUCACCGGUGAGGGCAUGACGCUUGAACAGGAUGUGAAGCCUGCCGCGUCUGCUGUUAUCCAGCAUCCCACGGGUAGCACGACUGCCUGCCUGGACGACGAUGUCGAGGUAGAUAUCACGCUACUCGGGGAUGCUCCGUUUACUCUGGAGUGGGAGAUUGUCCAUGAUGGAAGAAAGAAGCCCGCCAAGGCUACUGACAUCAUGGACCCCAACUUUAAGAUCAAGACGGCACCCUUCAGCAAGGGCGGUGAUUACAUCCUUGCACUUAACAGUGUGCAGGAUAAGAGUGGGUGCCGCACUUUCCUCAAGGACGAACUCAAGAUCUCUGUGAGGCGGCAGAAGCCUCGCGCUGCCUUUGGCCUCAUCGAGAAUAAGCGCAGCGUUAAGGCGGUUGAGAACACUAAGCUGGAACUGCCUCUUCGUUUGCAAGGUGAGGGACCAUGGAAGGUUUCUUACCGCAACAAGGAGGUCGAUGCUACCCUGCAGACACAAAUUUCCAACCCCAACGGCCAUAUUCCCGUCAAGUACCAAGGCGUGUACGAGAUCAUUGAUGUCUCGGACAGGCAGUGCCGUGGAUCUGUGGACCCCGACGCAUCGACUUUCCAAGUCGGGUGGGAGCCGCGCCCCGAUAUUUCGCUUUCUCCUUCCAUCUCCAUCUCCGGCGAAGGCAAGAGUUUUGUCAAGAACGACGUCUGUGAAGGCGACAUUGAUGGCAUGGACCUGAGUCUUGUUGGACGUGCCCCUUUCCACGUGGAGUACGAGGUACGCCACACGUCGCCAACAGGCAGCGGCUCGAUCCAGAACAAGAGGCUCGACGUCGCUCAGUUCAAGGCCUCCAUCCCCUUAGAUACCUCGAAGCCGGGCACUUAUGCGUAUCGAUUCCACUCACUGGCGGAUAAUCUAUACAACAGCGAUAGGAACUUUAGCCCAUUGGUGCUCAAGCAAGUAGUCAACGCCAAGCCCACGGCCUCCUUUAUCAAGCCGGGCUCGUCCUUCAAGUACUGCAUGGCGGAGCAGGAGAAGGAGGAUUCCAUCCCUAUUAACCUCACCGGCCAGGCUCCCUUCUUCAUUGAGCUUGAGAUCAAGCACCAUAGUGGUGUUAUGCCUGAGACCUUUACCAUCCCGUCUAUCGAAUCUACGCUGCACAACAUUCAGAUUCCUCGACGCCACCUUAGGCUUGGCACUCAGCAAGUCCGAAUCCGAACCGUGCGGGAUUCUAGGGGUUGCCAACAGACGUACGAUGUUGGUGGGCCUUCUGUACAGGUCCACCUUUACGACGCCCCCGCCAUUUAUCCCCUCGAAACCCGAACGGACUACUGCGUUGGAGAACGCAUCUCCUUUACCCUCUCGGGUACGCCUCCGUUUGAGAUUGCGUACGACUUUGGCGGGAAGCGCAUCGCCAAGAGCCCAACGACCAACUUUAGGCGUAUUGCCGAAAGCCCCGGGAUUUUCACCGUCACCAGCAUCUCGGAUAAGGCAAGCGAAUGCCACGCCGCCGUCAACAUCACCAAAACCAUCCACCCGUUGCCCAGCGUCCGCAUCAGCCAAGGCAAGCAAGUUCAGGUUGACAUCCACGAGGAACAGAAGUGGAGAUUCACUUUGAGUUCUGGGGGUCAUCCUAGCACAGUGCUGGAAACGAGACACGACAUUUCCUACGAGUCGACCAAAAUCGUGCGUGCCUCGCUUGAGGGCACCUACGAAGUUGUGGCGAUCAAGGACAACCAUGGAGUCGAGUCCGAAGAGGCGCAAGAUGUCAGCCGGCAUUACGACUUUGACGAAAACGGACCUAACAUUCAACCCACAAGCUGCGACACAAAUCGCGACAGCAAGCACUUUUGUCUUGGGUGCACAGGAACUCCUAAAAGAUGUGGAAGUGGACUACAAGAAGGCUUUGGGGAAGUGGACAAGGUGCUUUUCAAGUUGAGGGAGGUAAUUGGGGGUAUCCAAGGCCAUGAGCCGCUACCGAUUUCGGAAGCGACGAAGAAAGUCGAGAAGAAGAGCGGCAUCGUUAUCCCUUGGCCGUCGCCUCCACCCACCCCGGAUGUUCCCUACAAGUUCGGCUACGCGCCCCCUCCCAGUACAACGUGGACCCUCCAAGGAGGAGCUGUCCGGGUCUCCCUUUACAACUCUACCGUCAAGGCCGAGGAAACCUUUAUUCCGUAUCUCCAGGUCCUCACCCUGGCAAGAAACGAAUGCCCCUCCUUUGACAAGGCUUGCAUGCUCGGCCGGAUUUGGCUCCAGCAAAGAGGCUUCGGAAGUGCCGUGUCAGCCGGUGGUUUUGGCCACUUUGAGUGGUCUCUCAUGAUUGCUCUUCUCAUGCAGAUGGGGAGUCGGAAAGGCCAAGCAGCCCUGUCCUCGUCACUUAGCGCUACGGCCUUGUUCAAGGCGGCGGUCCAGUUCAUUGCGUCCACCAAUUUCAUCACAAAGCCGUUUCUCUUCAAAGCAUACAAGCCCGGCAAUGACGCUGUCCGGGAAAGCGGCCCCGUCAUGUUCGACCCUGUUCGGGAACUCAACAUCCUCCACAAGAUGACGCCGUGGUCGGCGAUUGUGCUCCAGAAGCACGCUAAAUCCACGCUGGAGCUGCUGAGCAGGCCUCUCGAGGAUCAGUUCGAACCCAUCUUCAUCGCGAGGGCCGACCUGCCUCGUCAAACCUUUGACGCCCUGGCCCAGGUCGAUGUCGACGCCUCCGGGGUAGAUGCGCAGCUUGAAGCGGAUCUAGGGCUCACCAGGGCUCGUAGCACCGAGAUAUACACCGUCCUUACCAAAGCGCUCGGGGAUCGGGUGCAGCUCGUUCAUGUCGGGUGGGAUCAGCCGGACUCCUGGGUGGCUGGUGUGUCUCCGCCACAGGCGGGCAACAAAGGCACUCGUGAGGCGGCAGCGUUCCGUAAGUUUUGGGGCACAAAGGCUGAGUUGCGACGUUUCCAAGACGGUCGAAUCCUGGAGUGCGUCCCUUGGGAGAGCAACGAGGCCUUCAGCCUUUGCAGGGAAAUCAUGACCUACUCUCUCAAGAAGCACCUAGGGGAAUCUACGAACCCUAUUCUCCCGAAAACCGGCAUUGAGGGCCUCGGCCCUCCGGCGACCGAGGUUACGGUGUUCAAUAAGAUCCUUGACAUUUUCCGGGAACAAGAAAAGACGAUCCGCGGUCUCGAGGGCAUGCCUCUGCAAAUACGGCGCUUCUCCCCCAUAUCUACCCAGGCCCAGUACGCGAGAAGCGGGAGCGAGUCCGGUGCGGCGGCCAACGUGCCCGUUUUGGAAGUCGUUCUCUUUUUCGAGACGUCCAACCGGUGGCCCGAGAAUCUCGUGGCGAUUCAGGAAACUAAGCUAGAUCUUCUCCUGGACAUUGGCCAGCGCCUUUCCGAGGCUUCGGGCACCAUUGAGACCUACCUCGGACGCGACAACGUAGAACUAGGCAUCGAAAACCUCGGCUACCUCGACGUCGUCACGGUUGCACCACUCACAAUCCGGGUACGCGUACACAGCGAUAUGGAGCGGACGCUGCUCGAGCGCCAGAUUAGCAACAUCACGCUGAGUCCGCAAGUCCGGGCGGAGGCGGAGCAAGCUCUUGAAAAGUUCAAGUGGCAGUACGAAAUCCUCCCGCUCCACUUCCAGGUGGUGGCGACCUCCUGCACGCGUUUCCCCGCGAUGCAAGCCACAAUUAAUCUGGUCAAGUACUGGUUCGAGUCACAGAUGCUCUCGUCACACUUUAGCACGCAGCUUCUCGAAGCGAUAGUACUCUACGUCUUCUUGCAACCGCAGCCUUACGGCGUGCCGACGACGGGCUCUACGGGCCUGAUGCAGGUACUUUUAUUCCUCGCGCGAUGGGACUGGCGGGACGAGCCGCUCAUCGUGGAUUAUGCGGGCCACGAUAUCUCGGCGACGGAGCGGUCGGCCAUGUACAAGACAGUAGAGGAAUGGCGGAAGCGAGACGGGAGCAUGAAGAACCACGUCCUCUUCGUCGCCACAUCGCACGACAAGUCGGGUGAGGCGUACACAGGGUACGGCAGGGGCCCAUCGCGGAUGGCCGCCAUGCGCAUGACGGCGCUGGCCAAGGCGGCGACGAAGCUCGCGCGAGAGGACAGCUCCAAAUUUUCGGCGCUGGCCAUGUUCCAGAGGUCGCUGGAGGUGUACGACGUGGUGCUGCACCUCUCGGAGAAGGAGCUCAGCCGGGUGAUGCGGCUAGCGGGCAGCGUGCCGGCCGAGGCCAAGCAAUCCCGAUUCAAGAACCUGGACGGCAUGACCGGGGUGGCGACGCAGCCGAUCGCGACGUGGCCGGUGGUGAGGUUCGUAGAGGUGCUCCGAGACGUGGCGGCCAUCGGGGCGGUGUGGAAGCCGAAGCCGGCGCAGCAAAAGUUUCGGGUUGGCCUGCCGUACAACUUGAAGCAGGUGGAUGCGGAGCUGGAUAAAGUGGCCGUGGAUCGGACCGCGAUCCUGGCGGAGAUUGCGAGGAUCGGAGGGGAUCUGAUUCGGGAGAUUGAGGAAACUUCGGGCCGGGAAGUGGAGAUGCGAUCCUAA